CAAUUUUACUCUUUCGACGCGGGAGGUCAGUAAAAGGACAGAAUGGCGGACGUUCCACAAAAUGCCCCAGAACAAUGCCCAGGCACCCAGAGCGAGGAAGCAGGGAAGAGUUCAGCUUGUGCAGGCUGUCCAAACCAGAUAAUAUGUGCCAGUGGGGCAGCCAAAGAACCUGAUCCCGCAAUUGAAGAAAUAAGACAAAGGAUGACCUCUGUCAAACAUAAGAUCGUAGUGUUAUCUGGCAAAGGUGGAGUAGGGAAGAGCACAUUUACAGCUCAUCUAGCUCAUGGAAUUGCAAAUGAUGACACCAAACAGGUAGCUGUGUUAGAUGUGGAUAUCUGUGGGCCCUCAAUACCCAGAGUGAUGGGUCUAGAUGGGGAACAAGUUCAUCAAAGUGGCUCAGGAUGGUCUCCUGUGUAUGUGGAAGACAAUCUAGGUGUGAUGUCAGUGGGCUUUCUACUUGGAAGUCCUGAGGAUGCUGUGAUAUGGAGGGGGCCUAAAAAGAAUGGUCUCAUCAAGCAGUUUCUACGAGAUGUUGAUUGGGGAGAGAUAGACUACCUGGUGAUAGACACACCACCUGGUACCUCAGAUGAACACCUGUCUGUUGUACAGUACCUAAGUGCUGCUAAUGUAGAUGGCGCUGUUAUCAUCACAACACCCCAGGAGGUGUCACUUCUGGAUGUGAGAAAGGAGAUAAACUUCUGCAAGAAAGUUGACUUACCUGUGAUAGGUGUGGUGGAAAACAUGAGUGGCUUUGUCUGUCCAAACUGUAAGAUUGAAUCCCAGAUUUUUCCACCAACAACAGGGGGUGCCGUAAAGAUGUGCCAAGACAUGCAGGUUCCAUUCCUAGGAAAGCUACCUCUAGACCCACGAAUAGGAAAGUGUUGUGAUGAAGGGAAAUCCUACCUGUCAGAAGUCCCAGAUUCCCCAGCUUCUCAAGCUUUCAGGGAGAUAAUUCAAAAAAUACAGAUCACCUGUGAUACUUCUGCUGGUGUGUCAAGAGAAGAAGAAACUGGGGAAAUGGACACAACGUGACAUAUAUAUAUAUAUAUAUUGCCGAGGGAACAUUUACAUAAAAGUACUGUUAGUACAGUCGGCAUGUGAUCUGUGAUAGGUCUUCAUCCAAAUAGUUAACAUGCAGGACAUAAUGGUGGCUACUUGUGUUGUCAAAACUGAGUAUGGUGACCAUUAUUUUCAAAACAUGGAGAACAUGAAUGUUAUGUUAUGAGAAUGCAUAUUUUUGAAGGUAAAAAAUAAUGGUUGCAGUUGAUGUCUUUGUAAAGAUGAAGUAUCAUAUAUAAAAAAGCAUUGUGCUUGUAUGACUUAAUUGUGCUGUUCUCAGUCUUUUAGUAUAAAAGCGAACUAUUUUUAAAUGAACUGUCAUAUAAGAUUAAAUCCAGAGUCAAAUUUUUAGCACCUUUUGAUAGUGCUGUUACGUAAAUAGACAUCUGAAAAUGUGCUUACAGAAGGAAGGCUUUUUUAGUGUGAGAUUCUGUAUUCAUGAGGGUUCAUGUAUCUGCAUAAGGUCAAUAAAAUUACUGCAGUAACCUUAUUGCAUGUGACACUGAUGCAAAAAUGCAAUAAAAUCAUUUCCUUGCGUAAU